CCGGGCGGCGGCCCCGGAGCCCAGCCGCCAGCGCCCCCAGCUGCGCGUAGCCAGUACUCGAGCGCCCUCCCGACGGCAGCCCGGACGCCGCGCCCCGCUCACUGCCCGCACCGCGCACCCGCCACCUGUGCUGCCCGCGGGGCCCCGACCCAGGGGCAGGGCACCACUCGGGGACCCUGAGGUAGAGCCAAAGCAGCUGUCGCCUACGGGCCCCUCGGAGAGCCGAGAGAGCCAACAUGCUGGCCCCGCGCGGAGCCGCUUUCCUCCUGCUGCACCUGGUCCUGCAGCCGUGGCUAGGAGCCGGCGCCCAGGCCACCCCCCAGGUCUUUGACCUUCUUCCGUCCUCCAGUCAGAGACUGAACCCAAGUGCUCUGCAACCAGUCCUGACGGAUCCCACCCUGAACGAGCUCUAUGUGAUCUCCACCUUCAAGCUACAGACUAAAAGCUCAGCUACCAUUUUYGGCCUCUAUUCCUCAACCGACAACAGCAAAUAUUUUGAAUUUACUGUGAUGGGGCGUUUAAACAAAGCCAUCCUCCGUUACCUGAAGAAUGAUGGGAAGAUCCAUUUGGUGGUUUUCAAUAACCUGCAGCUGGCCGACGGGAGGCGGCACAGGCURCUCCUGAGGCUGACCAAUUUGCAGCGAGGGGCUGGCUCUGURGAGCUCUACGUGGACUGCACCCAAGUGGAUUCGGUUCACAAUCUCCCCAGAGCCUUUUCUGGCCUCUCCCAGAAUCCUGAAUCCAUUGAAUUGAGGACUUUCCAGAGGAAAGCCCAGGACUUCUUGGAAGAGCUGAAGCUGGUGGUUAGAGGCUCACUGUUCCAGGUGGCCAGCCUACAAGACUGCUUCCUGCAGCAGAGCGAGCCCCUGGCCACGACAAGCACAGGGGACUUUAAUCGGCAGUUCUUGGGUCAAAUGGCACAACUAAACCAACUUCUGGCAGAAGUGAAGGAUCUUCUGAGACAGCAGGUCAAGGAAACAUCAUUUUUACGAAACACCAUCUCUGAAUGCCAGGCUUGUGGUCCUCUCAGUUUUCAGUCUCCAACCCCGAACACACUGGUUCCCCCAGCACCCCCAGCUCCCCCAACACGCCCUACACGCCGGUGUGACUCCAACCCAUGUUUCCGAGGCGUUCGAUGCACUGACACCAGAGAUGGCUUCCAGUGUGGGUCCUGCCCUGAUGGCUACACAGGGAACGGGAUCACCUGCUCUGAUGUUGAUGAGUGCAAAUAUCAUCCCUGCUACCCAGGUGUCCGCUGUGUGAACUUGGCUCCUGGCUUCAGAUGUGAUGCCUGCCCUGUGGGCUUCAUGGGGCCCCUGGUACAGGGUGUUGGAAUCAGUUUUGCCAAGACAAACAAGCAGGUGUGCACUGAUGUUGACGAGUGUCUGAAUGGGGCGUGUGUUCCGAAUUCCAUCUGUAUCAACACAUUGGGGUCUUACCGCUGUGGGCCUUGCAAACCAGGGUACACUGGUGACCAGACAAGGGGAUGUAAAACCGAAAGAAACUGCAGAAAUCCAGAGCUGAACCCUUGCAGUGUGAAUGCACAGUGCAUUGAGGAGAGGCAGGGCGAAGUGACCUGCGUGUGCGGAGUCGGGUGGGCUGGUGAUGGCUAUGUCUGUGGAAAGGAUGUGGACAUCGACAGUUACCCUGAUGAAGAACUGCCAUGCUCUGCCAGGAACUGCAAGAAGGACAACUGCAAGUAUGUGCCAAACUCUGGCCAGGAAGAUGCAGACAGAGACGGCAUUGGAGAUGCUUGUGACGAGGAUGCUGAUGGAGAUGGGAUCCUGAAUGAACAGGAUAACUGUGUCUUGACUCACAAUGUGGACCAAAGGAACAGCGAUAAAGAUAUCUUUGGGGAUGCCUGUGACAACUGCCGGACAGUCUUAAAUAAUGACCAGAAAGAUACUGACGGGGACGGAAAAGGAGACGCUUGUGAUGAUGACAUGGAUGGAGAUGGAAUAAAAAACAUUUUGGACAACUGCCCCAGAGUUGCCAAUCGUGACCAGAGGGACAAGGAUGGUGAUGGUGUGGGGGAUGCUUGUGAUAGCUGUCCUGAUGUCAGCAACCCUAACCAGUCUGACGUGGAUAAUGAUUUGGUUGGGGACUCCUGUGACACCAAUCAGGACAGUGAUGGAGAUGGCCACCAGGACAGCACAGACAACUGCCCCACCGUCAUCAACAGUGCUCAGCUGGACACUGAUAAGGAUGGAAUUGGGGAUGAGUGUGAUGAUGAYGAUGACAAUGAUGGCAUCCCGGACCUGAUGCCCCCGGGACCAGACAACUGCCGGCUGGUCCCUAACCCAGCCCAGGAGGACAGCAACAGUGAUGGGGUGGGAGACAUCUGUGAGGCUGACUUUGACCAGGACCAGGUCAUCGACCGGAUCGAUGUCUGCCCUGAGAAUGCAGAAAUCACCCUGACGGACUUCAGAGCCUACCAGACCGUGGUUCUGGAUCCUGAAGGGGAUGCCCAGAUCGAUCCCAACUGGGUGGUCCUGAACCAGGGCAUGGAGAUUGUGCAGACCAUGAACAGUGAUCCUGGCCUGGCAGUGGGGUACACGGCUUUCAAUGGAGUUGACUUCGAAGGGACCUUCCAUGUAAACACCCAGACCGAUGAUGACUAUGCAGGCUUUAUCUUUGGUUACCAAGAUAGCUCCAGCUUCUACGUGGUCAUGUGGAAACAGACGGAGCAGACAUAUUGGCAAGCCACGCCCUUCCGAGCUGUGGCRGAACCUGGCAUCCAGCUCAAGGCUGUAAAGUCUAAGACGGGCCCAGGGGAACAUCUCCGAAACUCCCUGUGGCACACAGGGGACACCAGCGACCAGGUCAGGCUGCUGUGGAAGGACUCCAGGAACGUGGGCUGGAAGGACAAGGUGUCCUAUCGCUGGUUCCUACAGCACAGGCCCCAGGUGGGGUACAUCAGGGUGCGAUUUUAUGAAGGCUCAGAGUUGGUGGCUGACUCUGGGGUCACCAUAGACACUACCAUGCGUGGGGGCCGACUUGGAGUUUUUUGCUUCUCUCAAGAAAACAUCAUCUGGUCCAACCUCAAGUAUCGCUGCAAUGACACCAUCCCGGAGGACUUCCAGGAGUUUCAAACCCAGAUUUUUGAUCGCUUGGAUAAUUAAACAGAGGAAGCAACCUAUAACUGCUUUUCCAAAUGCUAAAACUAUAUAUUUUUUAAUUUCCUAUAAAUUUCUUUGUAUUUACUGUGGCUUUCUUUUACAGCCCAAAUAUAUCAGAACUUUUUAUAUGAAUGUAGAAAUAAAGGAGAAGACAUCAUUU